AUGCCAUCAUUUAAAGAACGUUUUCGUCCAUCUCGAAAACAGAAAAAAAAUAAAGAAGCAGAUAUUACUAGUACAAAUGAAUCUAUUAAUUCUUCUGCUGCUAGUGCAAUAUCAACAAAUACUAGUCACAUACUCAGAACAGGUAGAGCAUCAUUAACAACAACACCAAUAACACCAACAGCAGCAACAACAACAACCGGUAAAACUAUUGAUGAACAUACCGGUUCUGCAGCAUUCUCAACUUAUCAUUCUCAUCACGUAGUUGAUCAAUGUGAGUAA